AUGAAUAGUUCUCUCGAGGCUCGAGGCUUCACUGAAACGCUUCUGUCCGCUGUCCGACUGCAGCGGCAUCUGGGGGUCCGAAUGAUCAUUUCUACCCAGGAACCCACGGUCUCCACAACCCUUUUGAAUCUUUGUUCAACUACCAUUGUGCAUCGGUUUACUUCCCCGGAAUGGCUGCAUAUUCUGCACAAACAUCUGGCAGGAGCGUUGAGAAGUCCCUUCGGUGGAUCGAAGACGGACAACCAUGACACGGAAGCGGUUUCACAACUUUCUCUUUUUGAGGAGAUCGUAAAUCUACAAGUGGGAGAGGCUAUAUUGUUCUCACCCAGUAUGGUUGUUAAAGCAAGCUCCUGCGACAGCAACGGGAAGGCCACAUUAUGUCGCCUCGGACAUGGCAAUCUCCGGGUGAGAAUCCGGCAGCGGCUUACACUUGACGGUGGGAAGAGUGUUCUCUCAAGGUGA